GCUCUCGUGAAGCAUGGCUUUGGGAAGGAAGGAACGCGGGAGAAAGAAGAUCCCGGAGCGGAGACAGAGCCCUGGAGACGCCGUGGGGGACGCGGACGCCGACUACCUGGUGGGACAGGUCGCCGACAGCCUGCGGGGCGGCCAGCACCCUCCUGGAGGCGGGACGGGGCGGCUGGCAGCUCUCUUCAGCACCGCGGAGUCGCGGGCUCCACCUGUGUUUGUGCCAGCGCCCCAGGAAACAUCUAAAAAAAGAAAAACUGACGAUGAAGAAGAGCAAAGUUCACCCAGUAUUAAAAAGCCGGUUUUGCAAGAGCCUGCGAGAAAAGUGAAAGCGAAGAAGAAACUCUCUGAUGCAGACAAGAGGUUGGCAAACAGGGAAAGCGCUCUGGCAGGUGCCGAUUUAGAAGAGGAGAUUCAUCAGGAGCAAGGGCAGAAGAGGAGACGGCCUCCGUCCCGUGAGAAGGCGGCAGGUGGAGGGGCCCCUGGUGCUGCCCUCAGCCUUGAUGGUGGCCAAAGAACGAAAAUCCCGCUCAACCCUGAGGAAGAGCGCCUGAAAAAUGAGAGGACCGUGUUUGUUGGCAAUUUGCCUGUCACAUGCAACAAGAAGAAGCUGAAGUCGUUUUUUAAAGAGUAUGGACAAGUAGAAUCCGUACGAUUUCGUUCUGUGAUGCCAGCAGAGGGAACACUAACCAAAAAGUUGGCUGCAAUCAAACGUAAAUUUCAUCCAGACCAGAAAAGCAUCAACGCGUAUGUUGUGUUUAAGGAGGAGAGCGCUGCUGCAAAAGCGCUGCAAAGAAAUGGGGCCCAGAUUGCAGAAGGAUUUCGUAUUCGAGUCGAUCUGGCAUCUGAAACCGCCUCUAGGGACAAGCGAUCAGUGUUUGUGGGGAAUCUUCCUUACAAGGUUGAAGAGUCUGCUUUGGAGGAGCACUUUCUGGACUGCGGAAGCAUUGUAGCAGUGAGGAUUGUGAGGAACCCACUCACCGGAGUCGGCCGAGGCUUUGGCUACGUGCUCUUUGAGAGCACAGAUGCUGUUCAUCUUGCUUUGAAGUUGAAUAACUCUGAGCUGAUGGGGAGAAAACUGAGAGUCAUGCGCUCUGUUAACAAGGAAAAACUAAAACAGCAAAAUUCAAAUCCCAGCUUGAAGGAUGCCAGAAAACCUAAGCAAACACUUAAUGCUACUACCAAAGACGCAGGGCACUCCAAGAAUGCAUUUAUUGGAGAAAAGGCAAUUCUCAUGAAAAAGAAGAAAGGACAAAAGAAAAAAGUACGAACGAAGAAACCGAAAAAACAGCAGUAAUGACAGAAGCUGCCUCCUUCCUCUCUGUCGUGCAAGUGUCUGGGUUUUUUAAGGAUUGUGUGGAAAAUGUGGGAGCUUCCAGUGUAUUUUUUAAAAUUCAUAUAUGUAAAGCUUCUUUGAAGCAUUCUUCUUAGAAAUGUAUUAAAGAGUUUAUUAAUACUGGUUGUGCUUAGGCCAGGUGUUCAGAUAGCUGCUGUGGGCAUACUGAUUCCAGGUGUGGUCAUGG